AUGGUACAGCUGCCAUCACCACAGUCCGAACAUAACCAGCAAAUGCCUGAUGCCAUACCCAAACUGGAAACAGAUUAUAACGGUCUAACAAAAAAUCUGAAAGAAGCCAAUGAACUGCUACUGAAUUCAAACAAUAAACAAUCAACACAGUCUCCCAUGAAAAAUGUACUCUCAGCAAAGAGCACCACCAACACAAGCAAUACUAAUAAUAAUACUAUUAAAAAUAAUACAGGGAUAAGCCCUCAGCAGUUGUUUGAAUUGGUGUCUCAAAAUUACGAAAACUGGCAACAAGCCAUGGUGAAAAGGUUUGAAAAUGAUGAAAAUGAUGAUGACAAUUUUUCUCCAUUUCCUAAUCACGAUAAUCAUAUCAAAGCCAAUCUUAAUUUAAUGUUAAACCAAAAACCCACGAAUGAAAAGAAUUCUAAUCCGAUUUUCAACUAUAAUUUAUUAGAAGCAUUAGAUGAGGUGUCGAACGAUAUGACUGAACAACUACGAGAAUCCACUUCAGCUACACUAAAGGGUCAAUCCAACAAUGUCGACACCGCCAACGGUACAACUGAUAGAGAUGGUGUUAAAGGCGACGUGAAAAGUAAACGGAAAUUGUUUGAUACUACAACAAAUACAUUAUUAAAUGAAAAAGAAAUUGAUUUUCUUCGACAUAAAAUAACUCAAAUAAUACAGCAUAGUGAGCAAACCAAAAUGACACAAGGGUUUUCAUUGUAUGAUACUAAGGAUGAAGAAGGAUUACAUGCUGGUAAUUCUGACAUGUGCUCAUGUUGUGGAGACUGCAACGAGUAUGAGUUUGAAUAUGAGGGUAAUGAAUAUGAUUAUGAUCAAGGUGAUUACGAUUUAGAAGAAAUCACUCGCGAUAAUGACGAUGAUGGAAAAGGCUAUAGUCGUGGGUUUUCUUAUACGAUUCCACCAACACAUCAUAUCGAAGUUGAACUAAAUGCUGUACCUGAAUGUGACAUUCAUGGCAGUGAAGGUUAUUGUGAUUGUCCUAUAUUUGAUGCUCGCAUCGAACGUGGGAAUGGCAGUAUUAAUAGCAGAGCAAAUGGAAAGAAAGGAAUACGAGGGAGGGAUUAUGGUGAAGAUGAAAGUGAUGGUCCGUCUUGUGAAUUUAUGUUUGAAUAUGAUCAUACUGGGAAAUUGAUCCCGACUUACAACAAUGUAGCUGAGAAGUUGCGAGAGAUGGAACUAAAUGGCGACAAAUUUCUAGAAAGAGCACAUGAACAGACCAAUUCUAAAAAAAGGGGGAAGAAAAGCAAGCACAAGAAUAAAAAGCCACUUGCACUGAAGAAGGAUAAGGGAAAUAAAAGCAAGCCACUCAAGGAGGAAGAUGUAUUAUCAUCAAAGGACGACAACGACGAAGAAGUUUCAACUAUAACGCCUAUUUCGAAAAGUAACGACUUGGAGAUAAUUAGAGAAAUCGAAAUACCUCACGAUUCAAGUAGGAACCAACCAACUACUAUCCCUAUAGAUUAUUUUGGAUUGAUUCCUAGUAUUAGCAAUGAAUGUUGUUUGAUUUGUCAGUACCAAGCAAUAUAUGGUACUGAACCAAGGCAAAUGAAAAAAUGGUACGAUCAACGAGUUCACGCUGAAGAAAAGCGAAGACGAGAUUUCAAAAAGAAGUUACAGAACGCAAAGCUGAAGGUCUUGAAACGACAAAAGGAUUGGCGGCAGAAGGAACCAGAACAACAGCAAAAACAGAAACAACAACAAAAUGUGAAUAACGGCAAAGACUCGGAUAGUAGAACUCAACCAAAUACUGAAACUCUUGCAAAUAGAAUAGAUGAAGUUGAUUAA